AUGGGAGCGAGAUCCGGAAAGGAUCAUUGGGCUUUCGAAACUCACACUGCACACUUCGACGUGCAGAAGGGGUUGCUAACAGACUUGCUCGUGGUGGAAAACGUCCCCGAGUACAAUGUGGAGUGUGUCAGACAGGCCCUUGGCCCAGCCUACAAGGUGCACUCCGUAAAAGUUGACCCCAGAGCAUUUGGCCAACGGGCUGCAAGGGCACGUGUGUACGUAGUGGCAUACCGGCGCAAAGCAUUGAAAUUCAGGGACGGAACUUCCUUGCACGGCAUGCUUUCUUUGCUACGGCAGAAGCCAAUCCUCAGCAUCAGUGACUACUUUUGGAAGAAGCUUCCAACCAUGUUGCUAUCUGCGCCGAAUGAGCUGGAAAGAUACCUCCACCCGGAGGAAGCGCUAUCUACCCAUCUUCUUCCGAUGACUGCUUCCCAAAGCAGUGCGUGUGGCAGCCCAAAGCUGAACAUGCGACAAGUGCCACCUACUGAGAUGGUCAGAAUGGCAGGCAAUGCUAUGUCAGUACCGGUGGUGGGCGCUAUUUGCCUCGUUUGUAUUUUAGGUCUGGAGCGAACAUGA